GCACAAGCGCCCAUGUUCUGUCGCCCGCAUCGAGCGUUAUUAGCACGCCACCGCUCUCUCCAACGAGCUCAAUGAGCAGCCAAUUCUCGGCAAACACCACCCUUUCAUCCAACGAUCAUGGCCACCACAAUCGCGCAUGGGAAAUUGGCUCUGAGCACUUCCCGUCAACGCCACCAGGUUCGCCGACCAGGUCGAAGCCGAUGAAGCUCCAGAUGCUCGCGGCCGACGAAGACAAGGAGGACGAGGUGACAAUGUUGGACUUCGGCUCGCUGGCGCCCAUGUGUCUUGGAGUUGGCGAGCAAGUGAGCAAUGUCCACGUCCACACCGAGGAGAUGCCUCGCGCCCGCGAGGCGCUCCCUAAGCCGGCUAGCUCCUCUCCUUCUCCACCAACACUGGCGUCGAGCACGCGGCGACAGAUUCACGAGGAGUUUAUUGCGCUACUUGCGUCCGAGGAUAGGAGCCGCUACGGCCGCACCCAGCAAGUUAAUUCGAAGCCUCGUACGCCGCUCGCCCCGCCUGCCGAACGUUCAAGACCGGCGAAACUCGAUGCGUUGGCCGUAUACGAGGCUAAGAUGGACGUGGAGGACAAGGCGUUCCCGCCGAUGCGCACAGAACCCGAACCAAAGGAGAAGGCCAUCGAGGUUUCAGUCCGCGAAGUCCCGUACCAUAGUGGGUCGAUGAAAGGCGUUUUCGCUUCGAGUGACGAGCCCCGCUAUGUGUUCCCCCGCGUCCGCGACACGUACAACCAGGCCCCAAGCUCGUACACAAGCUUGCUCAGCGAACUGGACGACUACCUAUUGAGCCUGUCCCCUGCCGCAAGCGACCUUCGCACAGCAAGCGUGUACGGCCACCGAUCCCCGACGCACGUUGCAGCUCGAGAGUGGAAGACCGUCGAGGAGUACGCCGCCUUCGUCCAGAACAUUCUCGCAGACUCGAAGACCCGUUAUCGUUCCCUAAGCGAGCAAGAGGAUCCUCGAACGCAGUGCGACACC